AUGGCCGAUCCAGUCUUCCAACUCAACGCGAGCUCAUUAGCAAAUACGUUUUUCCAAAGGGACGCUCUACCCGCUGAGGUGGCCCAAGUACUACGGCAACUCGCUCCCUCGUCUUUCGCAGAUACCGCUGCCCUAGCCGCAGUCGGCCUCGUAUCAUCAGCAUUUCUUCUCCGCCGGUACACAUGGGACAAGCCGGACCCGCACGAGUAUAUCUUCUUUGAGAAGCCACAGGCUCAGGAGGGGUUCUUGAACAAGGUCAAAACCACCAGGAAUAUCACAGAGAGGCUGGAAGAACUUAACAAAGAUGCAGUGGUCUUCUGGGGCUCCCAGUCCGGCACGGCAGAGGGCUUCGCCAACCGCCUCGCGAGGGAGCUGCACCAGCGGCUCGGGCUAGACGCCCUGUCGGCAGACCUGUCGGACUUCGACUCCAAGACGAUCGCGCUGCUCCCCAAGACCAAGAUCGCCAUCUUCAUCCUCUCGACCUACGGCGAGGGCGACCCGAGCGACAACGCAGGGCCGUUCUGGGACUGGCUGACCAAGCUCACGGGCAGCGGCGGCGCCCCGCUGUCCUCGCUCCGCUACGCCGCGUUCGGCCUGGGCAACACGCAGUACAGGUACUACAACCGCGUCGUGGACGUGGUCGACGGGGCGCUCCAGAAGGCCGGCGCCGAGAGGCUUCUCGACGUCGGCAGGGCCGACGACGCAGCGGGCGCGACGGAGGAGGACUUCCUGGCGUGGAAGGACGACCUCUUCACCUUCUUCGUGAGGGGGCUCGGCAUGCAGCAGCACGAGGUCAAGUACGAGCCCCAGCUGUCGGUCGUGCAGGACGACUCCCUCGACCUGGCCGACCUGCACCUGGGCGAGCCGCUCCGCUCUGCGGACAAGGGCGCCAGCGAGGUCCGGCCGCUCAAGAUCCGGGGCGCCCGCGAGCUGUUCAGCGACACCCCGCGCAACUGCCUGCACCUCGACCUCGACCUCACCGAGCACCCCCAGAUCACCUACAAGACGGGCGACCACCUCGCCGUCUGGGCCAUGAACCCGGACGAGGAGGUCGAGCGGCUCCUUACGGUCCUGGGCCUCGCGGGGCGCCGUGACGUCCCCCUCCUGGUGCAGGCGCUCGACAAGUCGGUCAAGGUGCCGGUACCCUCGCCCACGACCAUCGAGGCCGUCCUGCGGCACUACCUCGAGAUCUGCGCCCCGAUCUCCCGGGACGCCGUCAAGGCACUCGCCCAGUUCGCGCCGACGGAGCAGGCCAAGGACUUCCUCGCCGCCCUGAGCGAGGACCGCGCCAGCUUCUCAGAGUUCACCGCCGACAAGCACCUCAACCUCGGCCGGCUCCUCGAGAUGGCCGCGCAGCAGGGCCAGUCCGGCAGCGACAACAGCAGCACAUGGGCGUCCCUUCCGCCCUCCUUCCUCAUCGAGACGCUCCCCAAGAUGCAGCCCCGGUACUACUCCAUCUCCUCCUCGAGCAUGAUCUCCCCGCGCCACCCGACCAUCACCGCCCUGGUCUCAACCACACCCCUAGCCACCUCCACGCCAGGCACACCGUCGCCCUCAGCACCAGCCUCCAUCCCAGGCCUGGCAACAAACUACCUCCUCGGCCUCUCACACUCCCUCACACCAGAGACCACCCCCGCCCCAACCCACCCAGCAGGCCUGACAUACCCCCUCGCCGGCCCCAGCGGCGCCCUCUCCGGCGGGCGGGUGUACGCGCACGUGCGCAGGUCGCGCUUCAAGCUGCCCGCGCAGCCGUCCCACCCGCUGGUCAUGGUCGCCGCGGGGACGGGCGUGGCGCCGUUCCGGGCGUUCCUGGCGGAGCGGGCGCGCAUGCUGCAGAUCGGCAAGGAGGCCGGCGAGAUGGUCCUGUUCUUCGGGUGCCGGCGCCCCGCCGAGGACUACAUCUACCGCGAGGAGCUCGAGGGGUACGAGCGCGAGCUGGGCGGGAGGAUGCGCAUCGUCACCGCGUUCUCGAGGGAGGAUGGCGUGCCCAAGACGUACGUCCAGGACCGGGUCAGGGAGCUUGGUGCGGAUGUUGUGAGGCUUGUGCUGGAGGGGGGUGCGUCGGUGUACAUGUGCGGCCGGGCGAGCAUGGCGAGGGAGGUUGGCGGGGUGGUGGGUGAGCUGGUUGGUAAGGAGAAGGGGUGGGGCCAAGAGCAGAUCAAGGAGUGGACCGAGAGGAUGAAGAGGGGCAGGACAUGGCAGGAAGAUGUUUGGGGAUAG